GGAAGAAUUGGUUUAUGACCAAGGUAUCUAAGCUGACAAAUUCACAUGAGGACAAAUUUAGCGAAGUUGACGCGGUUUUCGUGACUAUUGUCGACAUGGUACACUGUCGACCGUUGAUUGCCGCCAUUUCCACCAUCAUUUGGCCACGGAACCCUUCGAUCAUGUCCGUGAAUGGAUCGAGAAUAUUACAAACACGAUUUUCACAAUUCGAACUUCUAGCAAUAUCGAUUGCAGCAUGCUAUUGUUUGGCCUUCCUGAUCGAUUGCCGCGAUAUGUCGUUGAAUGCCUGAUAGGCACUUUGGGAACUCUUUUUGAGAUCAAACUCGAGCUAUUCGAGGAGCUUGCCGGCGUAGAGCUGUGGAAUACCUCCCUGGCUGUGCUUGCCGCGCGGACGGACUACUAUUCUAUCCUUGCAGAUGUGGUGCGGAGCCGUUCUGCGGCUGCCAACUGCUCAGCUGACGUUCCGUUCGUACUUGCAUUCGUCAGAGAGAACACUCUCAAGCCGAAAGACAUGUUCUUUGACAUUCUGGGGUCCCACAGGUCCAAGGCAACUCCAGUGGAAUGGGCCCGACAUCGUGGCGCAAGAUGGGUUCUCACGAAUGUUUUGGAGUCCUCCAACUCGACAGCUACCAUGAUGGAGCAUUGUAGCAAUGAGCAAAAUCAGCAGGAAUCCCUGCGAAGACUUGUCCAGGGACUGGGGCGAAGUCUCGCGGGAUAUUUCCACUUCUGGAUCGACUGGAUUGAGGUGACCAGGGAUUACCAAGCUCACGUUGCAGAACGCGAGCUCCCCUUUGGACUUGUUCCAGAUAGGGAUCUUAGGCCUAUACGGAACAACGUGCUUGCUGAUCUGGACCAAAACCGUGAUGCCUGCAAGAUUUUUCGAGUCUGGCAUCGCUUCAUGGAAGGUGCGAAUGGUUUGGUGCCUCGAAGAAAAGACCUCGAGCCGUCAAAUAUUGUCUGGGAGGAGUGCUUCGGGAAAGCUGAACGAUAUGAACAAGCUGUCACAAUCCGCCUCCAGACGGAUGCUGCCUUGUUGUCUCUCGAAGAGUCAAAAAAGUCUAUCAAAGAAGCAGAGUCUGUUGGUAGGCUAACGCAAUUAGCCUUCGUCUUCGUCCCCUUGACUUUCACUACAGGGGUCUUUGGCAUGAACAUUGUCCCGUUCGGUGGGCAUGCGCCGAUAAAAUUCUGGAUCACAGCCACUUUGUUAAGUGUUGGUGCGAUGGUGUUAUGGUCUAUGUUCAAAAGACUGGAAAAUAUGGCCGACCUCUUGGCCGACUUCUUUCGACAUUUAGUAAGGCGUGUAUGGUGGCGCAUCUACUAUUACAGAGUAAGCGGAGAAGACUAGAAGAAUUCCGUGAUGGGCUUGCCGGUGGACAUUGAGUGAGAUUCCACCUUCAGUUCAGGCGUAGAGUUGAGGCAGACUCAAAAGAUGGACAAUACCACGACAAGGCUCUAUGACCUGGUCCUUCGGACAAGGAUGUUCAAGAAGGGCCCAG